AUGCAACCGAAAUCAAUAACACUACUACAAAAGAUUGAUUCAAUAGUUGAACAAAUCUUAUUCAAAUUUCAGAAUAUAUUGGAAGUUCUCACAAACAACUCAAAACCAAAAGAGUUAUUGUCGAUUGAAUCUUUGACCAUUGAAAGUGAUGCUAUACAGAUUAUUCGUUAUAGUCAGGACUUAUUAUCAAUACUGAGAAGUCUAAAGGAAAGUUGGGUUUUGGGUAGUUUGAAAGUGAAAGGAAGGGAACCUGAACCGAAGAGUGAGGGUGGUGGUGAAGCUAGUAUGGUGACAAAUUGGAAUGAGAAUGAAGUUGAUAAAGUGUUCAAACUUUUCAACGAAUUGACGGAUAGUAUAGCAACAUUUGAGAAACCAAAAUCGGAAACAUGA